AUGAAUACGCCAAUUCUUAAUCCGAAUUCUUCAUCAUCCAAUAAUACAAAUACUAAUUCCAUUUCGUCCUCUUCACAAAUUCAUCUUGAACUUAGUAAAAUUCUUCUUAAACAUGAUCCGAAUGCCAUACGUUUAUAUGAUUUUAUAAAUCAUGUUAAAAUUUUUUUUUAUAAUUCAAAUGACUGUUAUUGGGAAAAUAAUUCAUAUAUUGAAGGCAAUUUAUUUAUUUAUGAAAAGAAAUCUAUCAUAAAUAAUCAAGCAUAUCCAUCCUAUGCAUUUGCUAUUAUAAAUAAAAAACAAAAAUUUAUACAAGAAAUUACUUCAGAUAUGCCGCGACAUGCUGAUAAAUUACGUUUAUUCUAUGAAAUUGUGAUAAAUAAUAAAAGUGAAGUGUUUUGUUUAUAUUUUGUAAGUGAAAAUGAAUGUCAACGAUUAAAUGUAUUCAUUACACGAGCUAUUGAAUCAAUACAAAAUUUUAAAAAUCAACAAUCUCAUGUAAUUACUACCAAUAAUGUUCAAACAACAGAAACAAAUGAACAGUUAGUAUCACAAAAUGUUUAUCGACAACAGACAUUGACUAAAGUAUCCAAUCCAACUACAUCACAAAUUAGAUCUUCUCGACAGACACCAAUUCUACAACAAUCAACUCCAAUAAUAAAUAGUAAUAAUACUGAAGAUCCGACGUUAUCGCUCAAACGUUUACUUAAUAUUCCACGUCAAAAUCAUUUAAAUAAUGGAACAAGUUUUUUAAAAGAAAAAAAUUCAAUAAAUCUUAUUCCACCAUCUGCCUUUGAAUCUAUAUCAUCAACAUCGCUUUCAACUGUUGAUGCUGAACAUAGUGAACAGUGUUUAUCAUCAAUAAAUCUUGAACACUUUCGUAAUGUCUUUCUUCAUCUAGUUCAAAAUAAUGAUCAUUUUUUUAAUAUUAUUCAUCGAGCAUGUCUUAAUCACUCCAUGCAAUAA